AUGGAAAGAGAUAAUGAUGACGGUAAUAUUCAAACACCUAGUACCAGUCGUUCAAAUAGUAUUAAUGAGGGUGAAACAAACUCAAGUCCUCCAGUUAUACCACCAAAUCAAUCUGAGCCUUCAUGUCCAGAAGUUGAUAAUGAACAAGUUCAAGCAAUGCCAGAAACACAAUUUACGUCUACACCAAGUUCUUCGUCGGAUUCUGAAACAGAUUUUGUUGCUAUAAAUAAAAGUGAUCUUUAUCCAAAUGCUUAUAUUCGAUGUGAAGGAUAA